AUGGAGGAACAGACAGAUGCAGGCUCAGCAUCUGGGGUGCAAGACCAAAGUGUGCUUAUUGACAACCCUGCUGACAUUCUCGUCAUUGCUGCUUAUUUUCUACUUGUCAUUGGUGUUGGAUUAUGGUCCAUGUGCAGAACCAACAGAGGCACUGUUGGUGGCUACUUCUUGGCAGGACGAAGCAUGGUAUGGUGGCCGGUGGGUGCUUCUCUCUUUGCCAGCAACAUCGGCAGUGGCCACUUUGUGGGCCUAGCAGGGACUGGAGCUGCAAGUGGCUUGGCUGUGGCUGGAUUUGAGUGGAAUGCGCUGUUUGUGGUGCUGCUCCUUGGCUGGCUCUUUGCACCUGUGUACCUGACAGCGGGUGUCAUUACCAUGCCACAGUAUCUGCGCAAGCGCUUCGGUGGCCAUCGCAUACGUCUCUACUUGUCUGUGCUCUCGCUGUUUCUAUACAUCUUCACCAAGAUUUCGGUGGACAUGUUUUCCGGGGCAGUCUUCAUUCAACAGGCUCUAGGCUGGAACAUCUAUGCCUCUGUCAUUGCACUCUUGGCCAUCACCAUGAUCUACACAGUGACAGGAGGGUUGGCAGCAUUGAUGUACACGGAUACUGUGCAGACCUUUGUCAUACUUGGGGGUGCCUUCAUCCUCAUGGGUUAUGCUUUCCAUGAGGUGGGCGGCUACUCAGGACUGUUUGACAAAUACCUGGGGGCAAUGACGUCGUUGACAGUGUCUGAGGAUCCAGCUGUGGGUAACAUUUCCAGCACCUGUUACAGUCCCCGGCCGGACUCUUACCAUCUGCUGCGGGAUCCUGUGACUGGAGACCUGCCCUGGCCUGCACUGCUUGUGGGGCUCACCAUCGUUUCAGGCUGGUAUUGGUGCAGCGAUCAGGUCAUAGUGCAGCGCUGUCUGGCCGGGAAGAACCUGACUCACAUCAAAGCGGGCUGCAUCCUCUGUGGCUACUUGAAGCUCAUGCCCAUGUUCCUCAUGGUCAUGCCAGGCAUGAUCAGUCGCAUUCUUUACCCGGAUGAGGUGGCAUGUGUGGUUCCUGAGGUGUGUAAGCGCGUGUGUGGCACCGAGGUGGGCUGCUCCAACAUUGCUUACCCGCGGUUGGUGGUGAAGCUCAUGCCCAAUGGUCUGCGCGGACUCAUGCUGGCUGUCAUGCUGGCUGCACUCAUGUCCUCAUUGGCCUCCAUCUUUAACAGCAGCAGCACACUUUUCACCAUGGACAUCUACACCCGUCUAAGACCCCGUGCCGGCGAUAGGGAGCUCCUGCUAGUAGGACGGCUCUGGGUGGUGUUCAUUGUGGCUGUGUCUGUGGCCUGGCUCCCCGUAGUGCAGGCGGCGCAGGGGGGCCAGCUCUUUGAUUAUAUCCAAGCUAUCUCCAGCUACCUGGCGCCUCCUGUGUCAGCUGUUUUCGUGCUCGCACUCUUUGUGCCCAGAGUCAAUGAGAAGGGUGCCUUUUGGGGACUGAUUGGUGGCCUGCUGAUGGGUCUGGCUCGCCUUAUUCCUGAGUUCUCCUUUGGCUCUGGUAGCUGCGUGCACCCUUCGUCCUGCCCAACACUUAUCUGUGGGGUACAUUAUCUCUAUUUUGCCAUCGUGCUGUUCCUGUGUUCCGGCAUCCUCAUCCUCCUAAUCUCACUGUGCACAGAACCCAUUCCCCAAAAGCAUCUCCACCGCCUGGUUUUUAGUCUCCGGCACAGCAAGGAGGAACGGGAAGACCUGGAUGUUGAUGAGUUGAGAGGUCCAACCUCACCCCCUGUACAAAAUGGAUGCCUAGAGCAUGCAGUAGAGAUUGAGGAGCCCCAGUCCCCAGCACCAGGCUUGUUCCGCCAGUGCCUGUUCUGGUUCUGUGGAAUGAGCAGGGGUGGGGCAGGCAGCCCCCCACCCCCUACAGAGGAGGAGGUGGCUGAAGCAGCCAGGCAGCUGGAGGACAUCAGUGAGAACCCUAAGUGGGCCCGUGUGGUCAAUCUCAAUGCCUUGCUCAUGAUGGCUGUGGCCACCUUCCUCUGGGGAUUUUAUGCUUGA